GUUGGGCACAGGCUUUUAUUUUGAAAGGACGACCAUAAACUGGGGAUAAAAGCGUGUCUUGGUGCGCGGUGGGGAAGCUUCAGAGUUGAGGAGAGGCAGCUGGAUGUCAGACACACUUCACCGGAGCAAAAAAUCUCUGGGUUUAUUGAUACAAUAAUGAAGAAAAUCAAUUUUCAUUAAAGCAACAGAGAAAAGAAAGACGACGAUUUCACACACUCUGCGUUUUUAUAUCAGUAUUUGCGGAAAGUUGGUGAUGAACAGAGACGAAGACAAAAGCGCAAACGCUGCGCUCCGCGGCCAGAAACAGAGCAGGACUCAGACGGUGUGUGUCAAAAAGAAGAAGAAAGAAACUCCGAGCGGAGUCAGCGCCAAGGAAACGCAGUCAGGUGUCUGGAAUUUUAGAGAGAAAAGGUCAAAACCCGCAGGGACGUCCUCGGGGAGAGUUUCCUGCAGCGGCAGCGCGGAGAACCGCAGGAAACUGUCCGAUGCCAGCAACGCUUCCGAGGACACGAGCAAAGACUCUGGCUGCGUCUCCGGGAAACUGUCCUCGUCCGACUGCAGCUCGGAGACAUCAGAGUGUCCCUCAGAGAGCAACAAGCGCGACUCCCCAACCGGUGACCGCGACUUAAUCUGGAUAGACGGAAAGGCUUACGUCAAGCCGGGCAACCCGUGCGCAAAGACAGGCAGGGGGAGCUGUGCGGUCCAGCCUGAUGCCGCCGGAGGGAACCUCGGUUUGAGCAACUGCUCGGGGACCUUCGUGGAGCUGAUGAUGGGGGAGUCAGCCGAGGACCUGCUCCGGGAGGUGGAGGAUUUACGAUCGGAAAACGAGUAUCUGAAGGACGAGUUGGAGGAGCUCCGCUGUGAGAUGCUGGAGAUGCGGGACAUGUUCCAGGAGGAGGAGAUGUUCCAGCUGCAGGAGCUGCGGCUGCAGCUCGAACAGGCCAAUAAGAUGUGCCGCAUCCUGCAGUACCGCCUGCGCAAGGCUGAGCGUCGGAGCAUCCGAGUGGCUCAGACCGGACAGGUGGACGGGGAGCUGGUCAGAAGCCUGGAGCACGACAUCAAGGUAGCCAAGAGCGUGUCGCUGCGCUUGUACAACGAACUGGAGGCGGUGCAGAAGAAGAACUCCCGCCUGGAGUGGACCAAUGAGGCGCUGAGUGAGAAGAUUCAGCAGCUGGAGGUGGUCAAACAGGUCCUCCAAUCAGAGGUGGAGAAAAGCAGAGAGAACACUCUGAAGAAGAAAGGAAGUUCCAGAUCCACAGGCGUCAAGGCCGAGAGGAGGCUGAGUCACCAUUCAGAGGACGACAGCGCUGACCUCAGGUGCCAACUCCACUUUGCCAAAGAGGAAUUAGCCGUCAUGUGUAAGAAGCUAGCCAAACUGGUGUCUGAGGGCGAGGACAUGCGUGAGGAGCUGGCUAGGUACCAAUCAGCCUACGGCGACGUAGAUACCGACCAAUCACCUGGCGACAAACACGGUUCCGUCCACAGCAGGGAAGCAGAGGUCAAAGUUCACCUGAAACUUGUGGAAGAGGAGGCCACGCUGCUGAGCCGCCGCAUCGUUGAGCUGGAGGUGGAGAACCGUGGCCUGAGAGCGGAAAUGAGCGAUCUGAGAGAGAAAACCGGAGGAGGUGGAGGAGAGGAGGAGGAAAAACAGGAAGCUGUGGAGGAGGAGACGACGGCAGCAUCAGCACCAGGAGAGGACGAAGAGGAGAGGGAGGGGGAGAGAGAGGGGGAGCAGUGUUUCAAGACAGAGGUCAAGGUUCAUGGACAGGAAACAGGAAGUUGUCAAGGCGAUGCUGAGAUCUUCAGUGAGGGGCCGAUCGCCGCCUGUCAUGUGACCCAGGAGCUUCUCGUUGUCGAGGCUUUUCCCAAAGCAAUGACGGCGAAAGACCACGACGCCCUAGUGGCUCUCAGAGAGCACUGCUGCAUUUUAAAUUCAGCCAUUCACUUCCUGACAGCGCCAUUGAAAACCAGCUGCUCUUCGGCGCCCUCCUGUGUGUUGACCUCUCCACCACACGUGGCCCUAAAUGGCAGGAAACCAGGGUUUCUACUCGAGUCCUUGGAACUGGUCCGGGACAUGCUGCUGGUCUUCAGUGGGAGGGUGGAGACGUUUCUGACAGGACAAGAUUCAGGCAAAGACUCCGGACCCGUGGGCGAUCCCUCCGCCCGCUGCACCCUGUCUGACAACACUGCAGACUGUGACGUAGACCACAACGACGCCAAAGAGUCACCGAGUGAACGGGAAGACGUCGACGAAAGAACGACGUCGUCGUCUCUUCCCCACAGCUGCAGGAACUCCAAAAUUCAACUGUACCUUCAGAUCCUGUGGAUCCUCCACCAGUGGUACCAUGGAGCCGUCCCUGAGGUGGAGGCAGACCAGGGUAAAAACCGAACCGUGUCCGUGUUACGAGGGUUGUUGCAGACGCUGGAGUUUCAGGACGAACCAAUGGAAUCAAAGGUGGCAGAGUGUGCUGACAGUGAAGUCAUUCAUGGUGAAGAUGAAGCUGAGAGUUCAAAGGGGAAACAGCAGAGGCAGCAGUUCCCACUGCAGGGCUCCAAGAAGAAGAACUGGGUCUACCUGAACCAGGAUGCGGCCCAGCUGGACCAGGUGGAGCCCGUGAAACUGUGGGAUCAUCCAAUCAUGCCGCAGAGUUUCCCGGACUUUGAUUCUGAGCAGACGUUUACGAAGAGAAGUCACACCGCUCCCGAGAAGUCGGCGUUCCGCAUCUACUACAGCCCGCCGUCGGCCCGCCGGGUCCAGCUGUCCCAGCUGAGGCACAGCCUGACCACAGACGGGGAGUCGGUCCACACCGCCUCCCCCUGGUGCACGCCGCUCACCUCCCUCUCACAGCUGUGUUUGGGUUCAUCCACCAACCUGAGCGACGACGUGAAGGAAAUGACGGCCAGCUGGAGGAGAGCGGUCCACGGCGGGUCGCAGGAGGCGGAGCGCAGGUCGUCGGGGCGGUGGGUGGACGUGGUCAGUUCCAGCACUCAGACCCACACGAAGCCUCAGAUGGUGAGUGUGGGUCUGCAGACGGAGGGCACGGUCGUGGGGAGAGGUCCGUCUCGGCUCCUGGUCCCCACCCGCUCUCACCACACCUCCGCCUCCCUGGACGGAGGAGCGGGUCGAGCAGAGAGGCUCAGAGCCUCCACCUCUUCACCCAAACUUUACCACAGACACUCUGGUCCUCCAUGCUUCAGUCUGAGCUCCUCCUCCUCCUCCACCUCCUCCACCUCCUCGUCAUCCUCCACUAAAGACCGAGCAUCGUGGACCCUGAACCAGGAAAACUCCUCCCCUGGACCCACCUGGUCCAAACAGAGGAGUCAGAGACAGACGGCCGGCUCCCCCAGCCGCUCCAAGCCCCCCACCAAACCCCCAGGUCCCAACUGUUACGGUGUGGUCACGGAGUUUUUACGACGAGUGAGCGGCCGGGCGGAGAAACCAGCGCCGGGGUCAGAACCGAAGACCAGGAGCGGCUUGAAGAACCUGGAAUGCGCUCCGACAAGAACGGCUCCGGCCGCCUCGCUGCAGAGGACCGACAGCGUGACCAGGAUCGUCAACCAGAGGUUCAUGAAGAGAGAGGAGGUGGGCCGAGCCCAGAGGGAGGGGAGGAGCGGCGGCGGCGUGAACGCCAGCGUCAGACCCGGUGUGAGUCUGACUUCAGAGGAUGGACCCGACCGCUGCAGCUCCAGGAGCACUUUGACCUUUUGCUUCACUCGUCCGUCUCCUUCCACCAGGAGACAGGCGUCAAACCAGAGCAAAAACCAGAGACACAGAUAUUCACAUCCGGCUGCAGCUGCAGCUGCCAACUGUGAGACUUGACGACAGCAGCAGCAGCAGCAGCAGCAGCAGCAGAACUGAUGUGUAAAUAUAUGUAUAUAUAUAUUUAAUGUUAUAUUUUUGGUGCAAUAGAAAAUACUCUCCCUCAUCGUCACAGUUAAAACAGUCUAAAGUACACAUAUUUACAGUUUGUGAGUUUUUACUGAUAUGACUGAUGACUUUGCACAUUUGUAGUGUGUUAUUUUAAUCAUUGUAUUUUUUAGACGUGGUUUUUCUCCAACACGGGAACUUUUGAUAUUUUCAUUCUGUUCUUCUAUCGAUGUCGUCAAGUUCUGAGUAUCUGAGUCUAAAUUCAUUCCUGGGUCAGAGUUUGGAGUUGAAUAUUCAUAUUUUCACAUUAUUUUGAAGUACUACCUGAGUACUUGUGUUUAUUUAUGUAGACUUUUCUAAUAUUGUCAGAUCAGAUAACACCACAUUACAAACAGAAUUAAACUACAGACCUGGAAACUAACUGUGUAUAUAAAUAACCAUGUCUUCUGUGUAGAAUGAAGGCCACAGAAACGUGUUUACUCUCGGCUAAUAAGCUGCUUAACCUCAGUAGUUUAUGUCACAUGCUUAAAAGGGAAAAGUAAGUACAAAGAAGUUAAUAGGAUGAGAUUCCUCCCGCUGUGAGAAUCAUUGCCUCCCCCCGUCCCUCCCCCAUCACCACCACUCUUUACAGUACGUCUCCUCACGUCCAUUUUUCACAUUCAUCAACGCUCUGUUUUCACCCCUUUGUUGACGUCGUCAUCGAUUCUAAUAAAGGAAAAUGUGAUUUCCUCGGACGGAGCCGAUCAGCUGACCGGCGUCAGCGGGGCUGCAGCUGUGGACCAGGUGACCGUGGGUGGAGUCACACAAUCCCACAGUGUCACGUUUCUGCUCCCAACAUGUGUUCACGGCCUCUGCUCCCACACGUGUGUAGCCCACAUGUAACAAUGUGGGUUGGAGUCUUUAAAUCACUCUGACCCAGAAAAGAGAAGAACCAGAAUAAAAAUAGACAGAAAUUGGUUUCUUUUAUUCAGUCGUCCACAACAUAGAGUCACAUAUGGUGUGUACUUCAAAUGCAGAUCAGGGUAUUUCUUGACAUAGUAUUUUUUACUUUGGUGUAUUUAAGUCUCUAUGGUUUGUUUUGCAUGCCAAAAUAAAGCUCUUAAGAAAUAAACUAAAAUUAAUUAAUUAAGUCUGUUUUAAUUAUCAUUAUUACAGAUAUUAGGUUGUGGGUGAAAUUCCUCAGAAAAUCCAGGAAAAUAUCUAAAAAUAAAAACAAGCAAAAUGAAAAAUAAAAAUAUAUAUUUUUUCUUUAGGAUUUAAUAUUUGUUUCUAAAUGUUCUCUAAUGUUGUCGUGUUUUAAUAAAAAUCUAAAUAUACCAGUCAUGUGUUUAAUUCUUCAGAACCGAUGAAGUCCGUGUGCUUCAGAUUAAAUCAAAUUAUUUUUCCUCUGGAAAAUUCCCUCCGUUUGUCAGACGUUAUA